AAUAGAGAGAGACAAAACAGUUCGCAGUGAAAUUUGUUUUUGUUACAAUCAUUUUAAAGAAAUAUUCGAAUCAAACUUUAUAAGAAUCAGCUGGUUAUAAUGAAAAUCGAAAUAUUUUGGUGUUGGGUUGUGUGUUUUCGACUUAUUGCAAGUGUAAAUGAAAUAAUAUCACUUUUAAUAUAUUUGUGAGUGAAACCAACAUGGAAAUUUAAAUGUAAGUUACUACUGACACAAUUUUAUUGUGACAACGUGUUCAAAUAAUAAUAUGAUCGAGCAGGUAAUUUUUCUUUUGAUUUAAUUAGUUAGAACAUGUUUUACGAAUUGUAUUAAUCAAUUAAAGGAAUAAUAGUUAUAGUUUUAUGCGGGAAAAAUAAACGUCAACGUGAGAAAACCAUCCAAGGUUACAUUCACGCCUCUCGCGGAUUUUCGUGAUACUAAUAUGAAGCCGCCAUAACUUUUUUUUAGUUUUCUUCGCUUCUAAUAAUUCGAUCAAGUCGAGCAACUGCUCAUUUUGUUCCUUAUUAAAUUACCUACAAAUUUUUAUUAAUUACAUCAUGAAAAUUGAAUUAUUUUUAAUAGAAAAUAUAUAUACAUCAUUAUUUCAAGGUUAUAGUUCAUUUUUUUGAUAUGAUUCAUAAUCCCCCUAGUAGUCGUAAUAUCUUAUCAGUUCGUCUCGAAUAAACAGAUAAGAAUAAUGUGACCCGAUAUCAUUAUUAGAUGUUAGUCGAGGUAUUUUCACUAUAUUAAUUUUUUCACGUUUCUACUCGAGAAAAAUUGUAUUUUUUCGUUACCGCCUGUGAUUUAAAGCAUUGAAGAAAUGUACAGUAUGGAAAAAUGCCACCACAUACAAUAAGGAUAACCGUGGUGGGAGAUGGCGAUACUGGGAAGACGUGUAUGUUGAUAGUUUAUAAAGAUAAGAAAUUCGAUGACAGAUACGUACCUACAGUAUUCGAUGUUUAUUCCAUGAAUAUACCCAUAAAUGGAAUUGAAUAUAAAGUUAUACUUUCAGAUACGGCGGGUCAAGAAGACUUCGACAAAUUGCGUAGAUUAGCUUACAAAGAUGUAGAUUGUUUUAUCGUAACUUAUGCUGUAAACGAGAAGAAUUCUUUCGAAAAUGUUUUUUUGAAAUGGGCCCCGGAAUUGAAACGGUUUUCCCCGAAAGCGAAAAUUAUUCUGGCAGGCACUAAAAUCGAUUUGCGUAGAAACUCGACGUCUCAUAUCACCACCGAACAGGGAGAGGAAUUAGCGAGAGACAUAAACGCGAACGGUUUUAUUGAAAAUUCUUCGAAAACUAUGAGUUUCAUAGAUGCCACCUUCGAAAUGGCCAUCACGGCUGUGUUAUACAAUAAAAAUUAUCUUAAAGUUAAAAAAGAAUCCUCCUGUAUAUGUUUAUAGGAUAUUAAUAUAUAUUAUAACAAUUUA